AUGGCUUUUGCCCGGCUCUGCGCCCUGCUCGCCUGCUGCUGGAUGCCGGCGGCUGUACUGGCUACCGCCGCAGCCGCGGCCGCCGCCGCCGGAGGAGGAGACGGGGACCCAUCCAAGGAGCUGGAGUGCAAGCUGAAAAGCAUCACGGUGUCGGCGCUGCCCUUCCUGCGGGAGAACGACCUCAGCAUCAUGCACAGCCCCUCGGCCUCCGAGCCCAAGCUCCUGUUCUCGGUGCGCAAUGACUUCCCCGGGGAAAUGGUGGUAGUGGACGACCUGGAGAACACAGAGCUCCCCUACUUCGUGCUGGAAAUCUCAGGGAACACAGAAGACAUACCUUUAGUACGCUGGAGGCAGCAGUGGCUGGAGAAUGGUACUCUACUUUUCCAUAUCCAUCACCAGGAUGGUGCCCCAAGUCUUCCUGGCCUUGACCCAACAGAAGAGCCCCAAAGUGAGUCAGCUGAAGAGGAACUGAGGAUUCUUCAUAUCUCUGUCAUGGGUGGCAUGAUUGCUCUGCUACUCUCCAUCCUGUGUCUAGUCAUGAUCCUCUAUACCCGUCGGCGCUGGUGUAAGCGGAGACGUGUGCCCCAACCCCAGAAGAGUGCUAGCGCGGAGGCAGCUAAUGAGAUCCACUACAUCCCUUCGGUUCUGAUUGGUGGGCAUGGUCGGGAAAGCCUGAGGAAUGCACGGGUGCAGGGCCACAAUUCAAGUGGCACCCUGAGCAUUCGAGAGACCCCCAUCCUGGAUGGCUACGAGUAUGACAUCACAGACCUGAGGCAUCAUCUGCAACGGGAGUGCAUGAAUGGUGGUGAAGACUUUGCCAGUCAGGUGACUCGGACUCUGGACUCCCUCCAGGGUUGCAAUGAGAAGUCUGGGAUGGACCUCACACCAGGAAGUGACAAUGCCAAGCUGUCUCUGAUGAACAAAUAUAAAGACAACAUCAUUGCCACCAGCCCUGUGGAUGCUAACCACCAACAGGCAACCCUACUGUCCCACACGUCCAGCAACCAGAGGAAACGGAUCAAUAACAAAGCUCGAGCUGGAUCUGCCUUCCUGAACCCUGAAGGAGAUUCAGGCACAGAAGCAGAUAAUGACCCACAGCUGACUUUUUACACAGAUCCCUCCCGCAGCAGGAGGCGGAGCAGAGUGGGUUCUCCAAGAAGUCCUGUGAAUAAGACCACCCUGACCCUCAUCAGCGUCACCAGCUGUGUGAUUGGCCUCGUCUGCUCAUCCCAUAUGAGCUGCCCACUCAUUGUCAAAAUCACCCUGCAUGUCCCUGAACACCUGAUCGCAGAUGGGAGCCGCUUUAUCUUACUGGAGGGCAGCCAACUGGAUGCCAGUGAUUGGCUGAAUCCUGCCCAGGUGGUGCUCUUCUCCCAGCAGAACUCCAGUGGGCCGUGGGCCAUGGAUCUUUGUGCCCGGCGGCUCCUGGAUCCCUGUGAACAUCAAUGCGACCCAGAAACUGGGGAAUGCCUUUGCUAUGAAGGAUAUAUGAAGGAUCCAGUGCACAAGCAUCUCUGUAUUCGAAACGAAUGGGGCACAAACCAGGGGCCUUGGCCUUACACAAUAUUUCAGAGAGGAUUUGACUUGGUUUUGGGAGAGCAGCCCUCAGAUAAGAUAUUCAGAGAGGAACUGAUGACCUCAUCCUCCUUUGACAGCCUGGAAGUUCUCUUGGAUUCAUUUGGACCUGUUAGGGACUGUACCAAGGAUAAUGGGGGCUGUAGCAAGAAUUUUCGUUGCAUCUCAGAUCGCAAAUUGGAUUCCACUGGUUGUGUGUGCCCAUCAGGACUCAGCCCCAUGAAGGAUGGCACCGGCUGCUAUGACCGCCAUAUUGGAGUUGACUGCUCUGAUGGAUUCAACGGGGGCUGUGAGCAGCUAUGUCUCCAGCAGAUGGCACCUUUCCCAGAGGAUCCUUUGCUAUAUAACAUCCUUAUGUUCUGUGGGUGCAUUGAGGAUUACAAGCUUGGUGUGGAUGGGCGCUCUUGCCAACUGGUCACUGAGACCUGCCCAGAGGGAGCCGAAUGUGGGGAAAGCCGGGAACUUCCCAUGAACCAGACUCUGUUUGGGGAGAUAUUCUUUGGCUACAACAAUCACUCCAAGGAAGUGGCACCUGGACAGGUGCUAAAAGGAACAUUCAGGCAGAACAACUUUGCUAGAGGCUUAGAUCAACAGCUACCAGAUGGCCUUGUGGUGGCCACUGUCCCCCUGGAGAAUCAGUGCCUAGAAGAGAUCUCAGAACCCACACCAGAUCCAGAGUUCCUGACUGGAAUGGUGAACUUUAGUGAAGUGUCUGGAUACCCUCUACUACAACACUGGAAAGUCCGUUCUGUGAUGUACCAUAUCAGACUCAACCAAGCGACCAUUUCCCAAGCUCUUAGCAACGCCCUCCAUUCUUUGGAUGGGGCCACUUCUCGGGGAGAUUUUGUAGCAUUGCUGGACCAGUUUGGCAACCAUUACAUCCAAGAGGCUGUUUAUGGCUUUGAGGAGUCCUGCUCCAUCUGGUACCCAAACAAACAGGUCCAGCGGAGGCUUUGGCUGGAAUAUGAAGACAUCAGUAAAGGCAAUUCUCCAUCAGAUGAAUCUGAGGAACGGGAGCGAGAUCCUAAAGUUCUUACAUUCCCAGAAUAUAUCGCCAGCCUUUCUGAAUCCGGCACCAAGCGCAUGGCGGCUGGAGUCCGUAUGGAGUGCCAGAGUCGAGGCCGGUGCCCCUCUUCUUGUCCAUUGUGCCAUGUGACUGCAAGCCCUGAUUUGCCAGCUGAGCCAAUUCUCCUGGAAGUUACCAAGGCAGCUCCCAUCUAUGAACUGGUUACUAACAACCAGACACAGCGGUUGUUGCAAGAGGCCACCAUGAGCUCACUCUGGUGUUCAGGAAGCGGGGAUGUCAUUGAAGAUUGGUGUCGGUGUGACUCCAGUGCAUUUGGGGCAGAUGGGCUCCCCACUUGUGCUCCUCUCCCUCAGCCUGUACUCCGACUUUCUACAAUUCAUGAGCCUAGCAGCACACUGGUAGUAUUGGAGUGGGAACAUUCAGAGCCACCAAUAGGGGUACAGAUUGUAGAUUACCUUAUCCGCCAGGAGAAGGUCACUGAUAGGAUGGACCAUUCCAAAGUGGAGACUGAAACAGUGUUGAGUUUUGUAGAUGAUAUCAUCUCUGGAGCCAAGUCACCUUGUGCCAUGCCAUCUCAGGUGCCUGAUAAGCAGUUCAACACCAUCUCUCUGAUUAUUCGUUGCCUGGAACCUGACACCACCUACAUGUUUACCCUGUGGGGAGUGGACAAUACAGGACGACGUUCCAGACCAAGUGAUGUAAUAGUGAAGACCCCCUGCCCAGUGGUAGAUGAUGUGAAAGCCCAAGAAAUAGCAGACAAGAUCUACAACCUCUUCAAUGGCUAUACCAGUGGGAAGGAACAACAGACUGCAUAUAACACCCUCCUGGAUCUCGGCUCUCCCAGCCUCCACCGAGUCCUCUAUCAUUAUAACCAGCAUUACGAAAGUUUUGGCGAGUUCACUUGGAGAUGUGAGGAUGAAUUAGGCCCCAGGUAA